UGCGAUUCAGUCGGUAAACAGAAGCGGCGCGUGCGCACGCCUCCAUAAUGAUCUCGAUCGGAGCGCUCGUCUUAGCGUUCGCGAUCGUUGCCACCGGGCAGAAAUAUAACGAGACGAACAUCGACCAACAGGUUUUGAAACGUCUCAACACUAUUAUUAACGCGACCGGUAACUUGGACCCGCGGGAUAUAGCCCGGCUCAAUCGUACCGCACAAAGCCUAGGCCUAGACAGGGACUUAGUUGCUAAACUAUCUGAACGAUUAAAAAAUGAAAGAGACGUGAAAAGAAAACACGACACAAAUUACAAUUUGUACGAAGAUGGUACAGUGAAUAGUGAAGCUUCUAGAGUUGAUGUUGUGGAGGAAUCGCCAGAUUACGCCUCAUCAGUAGUGCUUGCUAGCGAUCUGCUAUCACUUUCGAGUGCUGUGGCGAAUGUGAACGAAAAAGUUUGUCGGGAACAAGGGUACAGAUUCCUGGACGGACUGCUUCUUAACAAGAGAUGGGCGUUGAAAAUGUUCGAUGCAUCGGCGAAAUCUCCGCAGGGAUUGCUCUUUGGUUCUUCCUACCAUCUGGGCAACUUCGACGAGUGCGUCGGUAUCAAGGAGCCUGGCGACGGUAUGACUGUGGAAGGCCAGUACUGUCUUACCACUAUAAAGUGGCGUAGGAGUGAGGAGAACAACAAGAUUAGAACUGGAAGAGGUGAAACUCUUCGUUGGGCGGUUUGCGUGCCGAGUGCUUGCGACGCCGUAGCUGUGGCAGAGUUUGUCAGUGACGUAUUAUCCCAUACUGUAGGAAACUCUACUGGCGUAGAAGUAACCGAGAAAGAUUGCUACACUCGUAAACCUAUGACAGUCAGCAAGCUGGACAUUGUUUUCAUUGGUAUACUUUUAUUCUUUGGCGCCGUCCUCCUAUUCACAACUUCCUACGAGGUGUACUCAUUGCGCUGGAGGAGAAAGAGGAGUAGCGUAAUCCAUGAGCUAAUAAUCUCUUUUUCUCUCAUAAACAAUACUAAGAAGAUAUUGUCUACGAAGCAGAACAACAGCCUUGGGCUCGAAUGUGUCAAUGGCAUUAAGUCUUUAGCAAUGAUCUUCAUUAUCGCCGGACACGCUUGCUUGUUCAUUGGCAGUGGACCUGUAAUGGACGCUGAAGCUUGGGAUCGGUUAAUCCGGGACCCGACCAACGCGUUCAUGUUGAACAAUGCGCUCCUAGUAGAUACUUUCCUAUUCCUGAGUGCAUUUCUGUUCAGCCGGCUCUUGCUUAUUGAACUGGACAAACGAAGAGGCCGUCUGAACGUACUGCCAAUAUUGGUUUUCCGAUAUAUUAGGGUGACUCCCGCCUAUUCAAUAGUCAUACUAUUCUAUAUGACUUGGCUACCAAAGAUUGGUGAGGGCCCGUUAUGGGAAGGAAGACUGCAAUUGGAGCAAGAAAGAUGCAUGGAAGUGUGGUGGGCAAACAUACUUUAUGUCAACAAUUAUAUCAGCACAGAUAAACUAUGUAUGUUCCAAUCGUGGUAUCUGGCAGUUGACACGCAGCUAUUCUUCGUGGCGCCCAUAUUUAUCUACAGCCUGUGGCACUGGAGGAGAUUUGGGCCCAUAUUUACGGCGGUGGCCACCUUCGUGUCCCUCGUCAUACCCUCUGUCAUCACGUUUAGAGAGCGCCUGGAUCCGACUUUGCUGUUUUAUGCUAAAGAAUUCGCUGACUUCGCUAAAAACUUUUACUUUGUCGAAGCUUAUAUUAGAACUCAUAUGAAGAUGACACCGUACUUUAUGGGAAUUUUAACUGGAUACAUUCUACAUAGGAUUCAAUUGGAAAAUUACGAAUUCUCAAAAAUGCUGAAGGCGUUUGGCUGGACAACGAGCAUAGUGCUCGGCUCAGUGACCACCUUCUCCGUCAGCCUGUUCUAUCAGGAAUGGUACCACUAUAGCGCCAUUGAAGCGGCCGCGUACAUCUCUCUGCACAAGUUUGCAUGGAGUAUAGCCAACGGCUGGCUUAUUAUUGCGUGCGCUACUGGAAAUGGAGGAAUCCUUGGGAAACUACUGAAUUGGAAGUUUCUCGUGCCGAUCGCAAGACUGACCUUCUGUGCCUAUUUAGUAAACGGCAUUGUAGAGUUGUAUUACGUGGGACAGUUGAGGCAUCCUCUGCACAUAACUUUCUUUACCAUUGCAGCGAAUGCUAUAUCCCACAUAGUCCUAACAUUCUUACUUGCCUUAAUACUGUGUAUUAUAUUUGAGGCUCCUCUACAUGGGAUAGAGAAGAUUUUACUACGAAUGUUUGCUCGGCCAGUAUUGAGUGACAACGCAAAACGCGAAGAGUCCUGCGAGGUGUCCCGCCACACUAGUCAAAGUAAAUUAGAAACGUAGUUACUGUUAAGUUAAUUUAGGGACUAGAUCAAUUGUUUUAAUUUCACUUCCGAAAUUAAUAACGUAUCUAUAAUUCAAGAUCUUAAUUAUUGGAAGUAAAUAUAACUUGCUUUAACGGCGAAGGAAACUUCGUGAGGUAACCUGCACACCUGGGAGUUCUCCAUAAUGUUCUUAAAGACAUGUGAAGUCAUUCUGAGAGGAGACUCGUACCACUCUUAGAGGUUGAGGUGUUGAUCAUUACGAUAAUGAUGAAACGGACAUUUAAAUGAUAAUAAUAUAUUUAUAUAUAGCCCGAAAUUUUUGAAGUAUUUUACUUAAUAAGGAUAUAUUGAUUGAUUUAAUACUUGGAAAUUUUUAUUAAUAUAUUUUGAUUUGUUGUGUUGUUGUCAAGAUUUGUUGUUCUUUAUUAUAUUAUAUGAUAACUAUUUCAUUGAUUCUGCAAAUUAUAAAUAUUUAUUUCUAUUUUUCUGUUCUGGAUCUUGUGGUUACCAUGUUCAUAUACAGAUUACGAGGUCCUACAUUCGAGCCCCGAGCUGGGCUAAAAUUGUUAGGUAUUGAUAUUUUUAUUUGAAAGCGGGCAGUUGGCGGACUAGUCUGUCGCAUCGGUCCCGGUUUUUAUGACUAAGAUAUGAUAAUAAUCAUUAAAUUCAAUCAUUAAAAUCAACCUGCACUGGAACAGGGUCUAUGCUCUAAACUCCAGUCUUGAAUAAGAGAGCUGGCCCCUGUGGUGAUGCUGGCAUCGGCAGCGGAAUUUUCAUAGGAAGAUGGAUAAGAUGCGAUUAUUAAUUUCGGACUUGAAUAGCUUUGUUACGCUGAUAAUAAUCUACUUUCAGUGAAUCACGAAGUAUUGUAUUGUCAAACUUUCUGUGUUUAAUUUAGUUUGAUAGUCAAAGAGAGGUCACCAUAACUGGUAAACAAUACGUUUAGGUAUAAGUUUAUGAAUACAUGGGGUUGAUGUUUAUAAUGCAAAUUUAUGAGCGGAAUUUUACUUCAAUAAUUUCAGCGAACAUUUUGCCACUUACGAGUAUAAAAAACAUUUAUCUGCAAGUAAAUCCCGGAGCACGCUAUAUGAAAAGGAAAUUUAGGGUUCAUGUUUCAGAUACAAAAAUUAAUGUAUCUUAUAUAAGUACAUUUUUUAUAUGAAUCCUCGUUUAUAUAAAAAUUAUGUUGAAAGAGUCCGAUCUAAGUGUCCAAGACAAUAGCCCCUUUUAAAGAAAAGUCAUUAUACAUUUAUGUUUAAAAAUAGACAGAAAGCCAGAAUAGUAAUAUUAUAUCUAAUUUCUGGUCUGCAUUUUUUUUUAAUUAGCGUAACAUAUUUUUUGUUUAAAAAAUGUUGUAAUCCCCCAUCCUGUGUAAGACUGACUUCGACGUCGGACAAAAUAUUAUUACCACGCCUUUAUUAAUAUGGUUAACUUUUAGCCGGUGUACAUAAUAUUGUAGUUUUCUUUUAUUGUUACGUGCUGUUAUGGUGCUGAACUAUGAUUUUCAUUGUAUUUUUUAAGACUUUAGGUGUUUAAUUGAAAUGUUUGUCUACCGAAGAAAUCGUGUAAAUAUUAUUUAAGAUUUUUGACCAUUUAUAGUGUUAGGGUUGUAAAAGAUAUAGGUUGCAAUAACUUACCAUACGAGAAUUGUGUAUUUUAUUUCUAUAUAUUAAAUACCAUCCGUUCCGAUAGUACCUAAUUAUAUUUACUAGGGUAAGGAAUUAUUCCUUAGUAUAAAAGAGAUACCUACUCACAGACUAUUUAGUACAGUUGAAAACGUGGGAAUGGAGGAACAGAGUGUAGGUGGGAGGACUUCUCAGGAUUUGAAAUUUCAAAUUUGAUACUUAAUUUUAGUCCUGGGUACUAUCCAGAGUUGAAAAUGAAGCUCACAAUCUUUUCUGUACCAUUAAAAGACGUACUGAACACACCACAUUAGCUUUUCCAAAAAAUCGGAUGAUAGCAGCAUCGUUUCUGCAACAGAAAAAGUACAGUUGGCAAAUUUAUAGAGAUAAUAAAAAGUAUUCCUUAAUACAUAGUAGGUAAACCCGUACACUUUUAAACUGGAUGCAUUAUGAAGGUAUUUGUUAAAAAUCUUUUCGUAUUAAAGUGUGUAUGGGCGAUCUAAUAUUCGUGGAGGGUCCAGGCUUUAAAUCUCUUUUCUUAUUUAAGAGAAGGCAUUUUAUCUUCAGCAGGGCUAGCACAGACAGGAGACAAAAAUGAUAUCCCCUGAUUAUAUCCCCUGGCAUGGAAUAUAAUUAACGUGACCACCUAAAGCACGGAAACAUGGAAUAGGAGAAGUUUA